UACAACGGAGGAGGGCGCAGGCGAGCUCGGCUAGCCGGGCAGGUCGACUGCCGCGGCGGUUCCGCUCGGACCCCGGCCCGGCCCAGCGUCUGGCCUCGCGAUGGAAGCUGUCGUGCCGGCGCUGAGCAAGUCAGCAUCCUCGAAGGACCGACAUCCCUGAAUUCUGAGAAAAGCCCUACACACUCUUUGCUUCGCUUGGGGGGGGGGGUCACUACUGCGUGUCGGGUCCUCCCUCAGCCCUGUAGUGGCAGCCUAGUUCAACAAAGAAACAGGACAAUGAUACUGACAUUUGUGCUGGGCAGUGGCCCUUGGAGAGGGCCUUCACUCCGGCCCCUCUUGGGGUCCUCACUGUCACUCAGGACUCGCUCAACAUCAGCCACCGAUACACACCAUGUAGAGCUGGCCAGGGAGCGCUCCAAGACGGUCACCUCCUUUUACAACCAGUCAGCCAUUGACGUGGCAGCAGAGAAGCCCUCAGUCCGCCUCACUCCCACCAUGAUGCUCUAUUCUGGCCGCUCACAGGACGGCAGCCACCUUCUGAAAAGUGGCCGCUACUUGCAGCAGGAGUUACCAGUGAGGAUUGCUCACCGCAUCAAGGGCUUCCGCAGCCUUCCUUUCAUCAUUGGUUGCAAUCCCACCAUACUGCACGUGCAUGAGCUAUAUAUCCGGGCCUUCCAGAAGCUGACAGACUUCCCUCCGAUCAAGGACCAGGCAGAUGAGGCCCGGUACUGCCAGCUGGUGCGACAGCUGCUGGAUGACCACAAGGACGUGGUCACUCUGUUAGCCGAGGGGCUUCGUGAGAGCCGGAAACACAUAGAGGAUGAAAAGCUGGUCCGGUACUUCCUGGACAAGACUCUGACUUCAAGACUAGGGAUCCGCAUGCUGGCUACCCAUCACCUGGCGCUGCAUGAAGACAAGCCUGAUUUUGUGGGCAUCAUCUGUACUCGUCUGUCACCAAAGAAGAUUAUCGAAAAAUGGGUGGAUUUUGCCAGGUAAGGCUAGAAUGGUGCAGGGGGUAGAUGUCUCAGGGUCAACAAAAAUGUCGGUCUGAGUCUUUGUA